AGCGGCGGCGGCCUCCCUCCCUUCCUCCUCCCUUCCGCGGCGGGCGGGCGGGCGAGCGAGCGGAAGGGCGGCCGGUGCCCGAUGGCGGCGCCCCCCCCGCCGCUGCUCUUCUACGGCCAGGGGCGCCCCCCGCCCGAGCCGGGCCCCCCCACCGCGGGCCCCCCGCCCGAAGCCGGACACGCAGCAGAGUAUGGCGAGGUCAACGGGACCGUCGGCGACCGAGACUCCUUCCUGACAUCUCCCGGUGCCAGCGACGUGCCGGCCCCCGUUUCCGUGGUCCCCAACGGCAGCCAGCCCGGCAGAGAGCUCAGCCUGUCUCUCAAGCAGACGGCGAAAGGUGGGACGUUCGUGAAAGCUGGCCUGAAGACCAAGACCUUCACCCUGAAGAGCAGCCUGGACAGGAAGAACGAGCGAUGCAACCAGAGCGCCGGUCGAGAGGGUCACCCCUGGGACAAAGCCGAGAUGCACCCCAACAUCCCCAACGGCAUGCUGGCCGACGGCUCUGAGUACAUUACCAACGGCUGCGCUGGCAAAGGGGCCGACAACGACGGCAGCGGCUCCGAGAACGGCUACACCACGCCCAAGAAGCGGAAAGGACGGCGCAACAGCGUCAAGGGCUGCGAGAACUUGAGUCUGGGGCAGGAGAAGAGCGUGCCGGGCAGCCCGGUCCUGGCCUCGAAGCUGGAGCCGGAGCCCUGCAGGGCCGACGGCGGCGGAGACCCGAAGGCCGGCCUUCCUCGGCUGGACGGCCUGAAGCCCGCGUGGAAGUGCGAGCAGCCCCCGGGGGUGGGCCGCGGGAAGCCAGUCGGCGUCGGGGACAUGCUUCGGAAGGCCGCGGAGGCCAAAGUCGGACCGGCCGGCAAGAAGUUUGAGGAGCGUGCCAAGGGGAAGCACGUCUCGGUGUCCUCCUCGAAGGACGAUUCCUGGACCCUCUUUAAGCCGCCCCCGGUUUUCCCCGUGGACAACAGCAGCGCCAAGAUCGUUCCCAAAAUCAGUUACGCGAGCAAAGUGAAAGAGAACCUCAACAAGGCGGCUCCUUCCCUCUCCUCCUCCUCUUCCUCCUCUUCUUCCUCCUCCUCCUCCCUGUGUUCCUCUUCCGCAGGGGAGGUCCCAGCCCAGCCCUCCAUCCGCCUCCCCCAGGUCCCCAUGUCCGCCAUGAAGUCGGUUACAUCAGCCAGCUUCUCCAACGGGCCCCUGUUGGCAGGGGCGGACCGCGGGGGGUGUCCGGCCGGGGUCCAGACCCUACUGGUGCCAGCUACUAGUACUGUCCUUUCGGCCUCUUCCAAGCUGGCCUGCCAGGACGCCGCUCCCUCAGCCGUCGCCAGCGAGCAGCCCAAGUCCAGUCUUUUCGUCUACCCCUCCAAUAUGCACGGCCUGUUCAGCGUGGCCGAGUCCCCCUUCCUGGCCACGCAGCAAAACUUGGGCGAUAUCUUCCAGAACCAGUGGGGGUUAUCGUUUAUAAACGAGCCCAGCGCGGGCCCAGAGACUUCUUCGGCCAGGAAGCCAACGGACACCAAGGGGGCCGAGGUGACCUUCCAGGGCUCCUGCCCUGCCACGUUGGUUCCUCGCGGGGCCGAGACGCCUCCCGCCGGACCCGAACCGCCGGCCUUCCCCAAGGCCUACGAGCUGGCCAGACGGACUAGUCCCCAGCUGUUGGGCGGCCUCUUAAAGCUGGGGGCCGCUGGGGAGGAGAGCCAGCUGCUGCUGGAGCCCCACCUGCCGGGGGGCCUGCCCCAGGCUGAGCUGGGGGGGGCGGGGGCCUUUGUGUUCCUCGCCAAGGACUACCACGUGGAAAGUUGCUUGCCUUCGCCUACGAACACUUUGUUAGCCUCCACCAAAGAGCCGAGCCCCCCCAGCAGUCUAGAAAGGAAAGCCAGCUGGGGGGAGUUUGACCUGCAGGCAGCUGUUCUGUAUCACAUCCAAGAAAUGGAAUCUAUUUGUAAUUUGCAAAAGCGAGACCCAAAACGGAUAAUCACUUACGCUGAAGGCCUGGACCCCCCCAGCACCUGAGCAUCAGCCGGACGGUGUCCGCUGGACCCUUGGCCAGCCCUGGGGGCUGUCCCCAAGGGGGGGGCGUCGCCGGUCAGCUCCGGCCGCCUGAAUCCGAACCGCAGGAUCCUCCCUUCUUUGUGUGUGUGUGUGUACCGAUGCACACCCACCUAAGACAACACCUACUUGGCAGAGACUCCUGCCUGGUUUAUUUAAACCCCACUUCUAAGCCUCCGGAUCUUUGCCAGAUUUUUUUCCCUUUUUUCCUUCCUUCCCCAUUUCGUUUUUAUUCUCUUUUCUUUUUUUCCCCUUCUUCCUCUUUAAAAAAACAAAAAGAAAGAAAGAAAGAAAGAAAGACCAGAUAUGGGUAGAGACUUAGCUUGUCCCGUAGCUCUUGAGCAUCGCCAGCAGAAGCGUGUCAGGUUUUUGUCAUUGUGGUUUUUUUGGGGGAGGGGGGCUUUGCAAUUGUCGGUAACCCCCCUAACCUGGAGGAAACGCUUCCGCACCCUGCUUUUUGUUCACUGGGGGGGGGAGGAAUUUUGAAUCCUUACGACUCCCCACCACCACCCUGAGGGGGAGGGGGAGUAGAAUUCAGACAUUCGCCCAAAGACUGGGUUCCCCUUUGGGGUGGGGUGAUGUUCUUGCAAAACCUUCGAAACCCUUGACCGUGGUUGGUGGGGGCGAGCGAGGGAGCCUUGUUUUAAGACGGUAUCCAGGGUCAGGGUGCGAGUGCGUGUUUGUGCGGCUCAGCGGACUCUCCUUCCAUCCUUUUCACGUGGGAUUCCCCCCCUCCUUUCCCCCCCCCCCCGGAUCAGGCCAAAAAAAAACACACCUGGAUCUCUUCUGAGUUUUCCCUCCUUCGAAAAGCGGCUGGCAAUUCUUUUCUGCUAACAAGUGCGCACUGCAUGUGUGAACCCGUGGAUUCUUUCCCCCCCCCCCCAUGCACGUGGCAACUGGUAACGGAAAUUAAUUUAUAAAAGUUAAAACUGAACCAGCUUCCCUCCCCCCCUCCUCCUGGGGGUGUGUGUCUCCCCCUCACUUCCCUCCCCCCCAAGGCUGCUUUCUCACCCUGGUGCUAAAUCUGGACACCACACACACACACACAUAUUGAGGGGGUCUUCUGAGGUCUCUGACCUGCUUCCCCCCCCCCCUCGAAUGGCGAAGUUUGCGUGAUUCGCGCCAUUGGUUAAUGUUUUUGUACGGUGGAGCAGGCAGGGUUGUUGGGUGGGUGGGCUUGGGGGCGUCCACAGCUGCAGCCAGGUCUGAGGAGGGGGUCUUGGAUUGGAAGCUGCUUCCCCCCCACCCCCAAAAUAAGACCAAAGGACAAGCAAGGGCUUUUGAACCCCACAUCAGGCUUUCACAGACAAUCCCCAGAUGUGGCUGGGCCCUACAGAGGUGGUGGGGGGAGUACAGGGGGGGGAGAUUUACACAUUUGGAUCCCAUGAAGCUCUUUCGGGGGGGGGGGUUGCCUUGAUCUCUCAAGUGGGGAAGGGUCUGCCGCUGUUUUAAAUUUUUGUCCUUAUUUGCGCCUGAAAAACGGCUCCCGAGAUUAUUUUUUCCGCUUUCAUUUUGCUAGGAUUUACUGCUGAUCGUACCGCUUCUAUCCCUGCUUCCUGCCCCCCCCCUUGGUGCCCCCCCCCAGGAUUCAGCUGGGUGAUUGAUCCUUUUUUUAUUUUUAUUUUGCGCAUCAUGGCGGACCCAACUCUGAACUUUAACCUAACCCCCCCAGAAUUAAACCUCUAUUUUCCUGUUCCCCAAAUAGAAUUUAAUUCUUUUCCCAUAUUAAGACGAUGUAGGGUGGGUGGGGGAGUCUGGUCUGGUCCUUCUCCACUAUGGACAAAAUAUUCUCUCCCCCCCCCCUUACAUGUAAACUUCCCUUCUUUUAAACUUUCCUCUCUCUCUUUUUUUUUGGGGGGGGGGGAAAUCCUUUCGCCAAAGCCUUGACCGCUGAUUAAACAGAAACUCUUCUUUUAACCCUC